CGCCCAGUCCUUUCCGCGGAGAAGGUUAUAUCCAGCGUGGAUCCCCAUCCAUCCCUCCAGUGCCAGCUGCAUGUGGUCAGCGCUGAGCUGCACGUGUAGCCUAAAGGACUUGAGACCUCGGGUUCUGGGGAAGGACAGACAGAGCACCACCUCCCGCUGAGGAAGAGUGACCCUCUUGUGUUCCUCCUACCCACCCACCUCACUGUGAUUUGGGGCUCCAUCCAGAAUGUGUUCCUUCAGGACAGUAACUCCCACAGGCAAAGCAGCACCUGACCAUGUGGAUGAUGUAGUCUUCAGCUUCACCAAAGUUGUACAGGUGUAGAGAGGAGAGAGUGAGCAGGGAGCGGGGCUUUUGUCUGUUGGUCUCCCUGGACUGAAGAAGGGAGGGUACAAGGCCAAGACUGUUAUGAUUCUCAAAAUGGUUUAUUACCCGGAGCUCUCUGUCUGGGUCAGUCAAGAACCAUUUCCAAACAAAGAAAUGGAGGGAAGGCUUCCUAAGGGAAGACUUCCUGUCCCAAAGGAAGUGAACCGCAAGAAGAAUGAUGACGCUGAGGCUGCCUCCCUGACUCCACUUGGCAGCAACGAACUCCACUCCCCAAGAAUUAGUUACCUCUACUCUUUUUAAUCAUAACACCUCCAUUUGUAUUACAUAUGGUGUAUGGGUAUUGAUGAGGUCAUGGUAUCAUAUAUGGGAUUUUUUUCUGUGUAAAUCAUCAAGUAUAAGAAGAAACUAUGGGACUCUGAGCCUUGCUUUAGAGAAUUUACAGUGGACAAAUAGGUAUCAUCAAACCAGUUUUUAAUCAUUCUGACUCAAGUGAAAACGCUCAGAAUUUCACACUGUGAAUCCACGUUUACAACCCUUACAGGUGGGCCUUCAGGCCUGGUUCUCUACGACGAUGUCUUCCACAACUCAAACUCCCACUGCUCUCACACAACCGGUCCACUCCUGCCUUGUCACUCACACAGCUCCCGACUGCUUCUUGCAGAGGCUGAGAGUCCCCAUUUUUUUUUUUUCAUUUAGAUGUAACAAACCUAGUAGUUUAUGUUCAUCAAUUGUCUGUAUAUCUCUAUAUUUUAUCCAUGUACUCUUUUGAUGUAUAGAAGUAGUUUGAAACUCAUUGUUUCCUUGUGGUAAGUGACCGAGAUGCUGCCACAGGACCUGAGACACUGAUGAAUGGUGCUAUUUUGGACUUUCAACAUGCUCCUUGGCGAGGUAGCUCUGAUGGAGUUAUUUUUUAUUUCCAUGUUCUAAGAAGGUGUUGGUACUCUGUUUCCCUGAAUGUUGUUCUCUAGACUGGAUUGACUUGUUUUCCUUGUGUCUUCAGUGUGGCUUUCUUCUUCAGCAUUGUAGGUUGAGAGAAUGCUACCAGCGAGAGUGUAAGAGACUCACGUCUCAUUGGCUGGCACUCACGGACACGCAGGCACUGGAGCGGGAGCAAUCACAAAACUGUAAUUUACUUACCAAAUCUUUUCCUUUCAGUAGUCUCGCCUGCCUAACUUAGAGAAAGAAAAGCAAUAAUUUGACAGGCGUUUUUAGGUGUCUCUCUUGGUUCUUUUUGUUUGGAAGACUGGGGGGGAAAAGGGCAAACUCUUUUUUAAUAAAUGCCCUCUGGAAAAAAAAUCCAAAAAACUGGCAUCUGAGUAGGAAUAUGAAAAUGACACCCUUCCCAAAAAUUAGGUUGGAAAAAAAUGUCUUUACAAAAUUAAAAAAAAAAAAAAAAAUAGGCAGAGCACACGUUUUCGGCAGUUUCAAUACGCAAGGCGUAGAUCUUACAUUUUUGUCCUUGCUCCCAAUGGAAUGGAUAAAUAAACAAAUCAGAAAUACCAUCUACUCAUGGAAUGUUGUUGUGUUAGCCAGUCUGAAAGCCCACCUUAAUUUUUAUAUAACUGUCUUUUAGCUCUUCCUUUGACAGGGCAGGCUCUGUUCUGAACUGUUCUGCUUCUGACUGUUAAACAUCGAUGACGCAUGCGCUGCACUUCUUCGUUCUCUUCUCGCUCCCCCAUUGGCCUGAGUUUCUCGUGCAUUUCUCCUCUCCCUCCUUUGUUAGAAUAGGUAUAUCAGCUGUGUAAAUAGAGCAAGAAAACAGUAUUCUGCAUCUGUGGCAUUUAUGUAGAGUUGCAGUUGUGUACUGCUGAAAAUGCAGGCUUUUGUAACAAUGUGAUCUUUACUGAUGCACUCAUGACAAGUACCCAAUGUAUUUUAGCUAUUUUAGUAGUAUUUGUUCAAUAAAUAUACAAGCUGUAAGGUAA